GGAUACCUGGGGUCGCCCCAGGUUUCCUGGCUGCCCCGCUAGACGCUCUCCAGCCUCUGUGUGCUGCCGCGAGACCUGGCUGUGCCGGCUGUGCCCGAGCUGGCUCCCGGGCGCUAGCAAUACUAAGGGAUGGAGAGGCUGGGCCGGUUUUUCCCAGCAGGUUUUUAUUCUGUAGUACUGACACAGAGCAGGGAAGUGCUGUCUCACAAAAUCACAUGCCCUUUUACCAAUAUUUGUCCCUCCCAUUGGGGUGCAUGUAUUAAGCGUGGCGGGGGGCAUGGAGGAGUUGAUUAUGAUAUCAAUAACAGCAAUAAACUAUAGAUAACUAGUGAUAAUGGAGUGGUGAGGGCAGGGUCUGUGCCUGCUCCAUAAAGGAGGCCUGGAUUAUUUCCUAUUUUUGGAAGAGAUUGCUGAGCACUUCUCACGGAAGCCUGUAGUUCCUUUGGGAAGGGGUUCCUGGUCCCCGAAUGGAAUUUUUGGUCAAAACCAGAAAGAGUUGCAACUCUGUAACAGUCAGUGAUUUGGUGAUUAAGGGUCUCAGUGGGGAUGUGGCAAGUCCAGUUUCAAGUCCCUGAUGUAAACCUAUUUUUAUCCCCUUCCUCCCCGUUCCUCAAUGCUCCAUUACAAAGGUGUUUCAAGAUAUGGUAUUUUUAUCUUUGAACUGAAAGCUUUCUAGUGAAUCUGUAAUGUUGAAUUUAUUUUGCAGUAAAUUCUCUUACCGUGUUAUUCAGGUCUGUGCUUGCUGCUAGAAUUUCAACAAGACCGUAUGUUCUAAGCUGGCGUUUGAAAACUGCUAACAAGAACUGAACAGGAUGAAUCAUAACAUUGUUUAUUUGAUAAGGACAGUGAGAUGUUGUGGUGGUUUCAGAGUUAGACCUACGAGGACAUAUAUGUUGGGGACCAAUAAAUAUAAGAGUGCUGUACAAAGUACGAACCUAAAGAAAGUCCUGGUAAAUAUUCCUGGUUCCUGGCUUGAAUCCCGUCUCCAGUUUCUGCCUCAAGAGACACGUGAUUUUAGUACAGAAGUUGCUGAUGUCAAUGAACAGAGAGAUAGAAAGACUCAGUUACAUGAGCAAAGCUCUAUGAAUGCUUUGAAUGUCAUACGAGAGAGUGCAGGUGAUGAAAGGAAUUUGCAGAUGGAGGGUAGAAGUCAGUUCCAACUGUUCACUGAUGCUCUUGAGACAUGCAAGACGCCCUGUGAUGUAUUAGACCUACUUGCAACGUUUGGUUAUUCCAGUAAGGUUAUUUCAAGCAGUUUCUGUGCAUUGUGGAAACUCAUCAAAAAUAUGCCUGCAGAUAAUAAGCUUUCUGAAAGACAGAUGAUAUUUGAGCAUCCUGCCUUUGUUGUGGCAAGUCAGUAUCUGUUGGAGCAUUCUGUAAACAUCUGGGGAAAAGACUUGGUGUGCAGCCUGCAUGCUGCAUUUAAUCUAGGAGUUUCCCAGAACUCGCUGCUAAUUCAGACCUUGUUAAGGGUCUGUCACGAGCGUCUCAAUGAAUUUAGUGACAACUGUCUUUUGCAUCUGGUGUGUACCAUACAAAAGAUGGAAAAAUGCAAGAAUGUAGAUGCUCUUCAAUUGGGACUACAGAUGGUGGUAAAGCAACGGAUGCCAGAGAUCAGUGACAUUAAUCUUUUGCAAUCCAUGAUGAAGCAUUUUGGAAAAGGUGCCAAACUGUGUCUCAAAAAGCAAUUUGAGAAUAGAGUUUUGAAACAGAUGCAUAGUUUGACUUCAGAAAAUGCUAAAAGUAUAUUUAACACGCUGGGUGUGAUGAAUUACACCUCUAUUCCAAUCCUAGAUGGCUGCAGUAAGAAAAUUGUUGCGAAUCUCCCUGGUAGUACAGUUUUUGAUUUCAACCGUAUUCUGAACACUUGCUAUAUUCUCCGCUACUACAAUGUAGAAAUGUUUUUAGCCAUAGAAAGCUAUGUGACUACAUUCAUCAAGUUGCGGAGCAUUAAACAGCUUGUUAUGCUUCUGUCUGUCUUUGAAAAUCUUCACUUUCGACCCACUAAAUUGCUGGAUAUUAUGGCUGAGAUGGUGAUAAACCAUCCUGAAUCCCUGGAUUUGAAGGAUCUUCUCAUAAUUCUUUGGGUGUAUUCACAGCUCAACUAUGUUCCCAAAGGCCAGGAUCAGCAGUUCUUUGAGGCCCUCAGUUGCUCCUUGAGUUCCUACCUCCUCACGAUUUGUAAUGUAGACUUGCUGAAAGCAGUGUUUUCAUUCUGCAUUCUAGGAUAUUUUCCUCAAGCUGCACUUAAUCACCUCAUGCAAAAGGAUGUCCUCAGUGACCUUCUAAAACCAGGUGGUGCUAACCUAAAACGCAUUGAAAGAAUGCUACACACUGUGAGUGUGUGUUUGAAAGUAGAUAGGAAUUCAUUCAGUGAGCCAGCAUCCAUGUUGCAACAGAAAUCCUCCUUCCCCAUAGCGCUGACAUCCACGGAGGUUCGGGAGGUACUGCAGACAAUUCUACAAGAUACGCGCAAGUUUCGCCAUAACGUGCAGCUGGAACAUGGUUACUAUGCUCAUUUUGAAAUAAAAAUGGAUGCAGAAAGAAAGAAGUUCCUCCCUGUAACAGAAGCACAUGACCCUGCAAAUUUAAGUGCUCAAAGAGUCGUUUUUCUCUGUGCUUCUCGAAAUUCUUUUUGUUUGGACAUGUGUCCCCGAGGGAACCUGGCAGUGAAAAUGAGGCAUUUAAAAGCAUUGGGAUAUCAUGUGAUACUGAUUCAUUGUCUGAAAUUCCAGGAUUUGGGGAAGGAGGAAGCAGUUAAGUUUUUGAAGGAAAAAAUUUUUUCAGCAGAUAAUUAAUCUGUAAAUUUAUUUUGGACACAGAAAAAAUAGUAAAAUGAAAGGAAAAUAUUCUAAGAAGAAAAAUGUCUGGUGACACAGCAGCCUGAAGAAAUUUUUAAAUUCAACUCUAUGUAUUGGUUUGAACUCAGCAAUACAAGCAGAUACUUUCAAAGCAUAAGUAUGCUAUGAAAUAAUGUAGAAUAAACCUUUGAAACCA